AUGACGGGUUUCAAGAGCUUUCAGAUUAAGCGUCACGCUUUCACCUGGAAUAUGGUGAUAGCGUACACCAUGAUUGCUGUCAGUGUGUUUAGCUAUGGCUUUGACGAUGCAGUCUUCUCGACCAUCCAGUCAAUGGAUUCCUUUGAAAAGCAAUUCGGCACGUUAGAUACCUCUACGGGCGAAUACGCCUUCAGUACUCAGCAUUUAGCCUUCCUGAACUCGCUCGGUCUUCCUGCCAAAGCGUUCGGCACCUUUCUCGGCUGGUACAUCGGAGAAUACUACGGACGUCGGGUCUGCUUCAUUGGUAUGCAGCUGAUGUGCAUUGCCGGCAUCUCCAUUAGCUACACUUCUUCAACCUUCGGUCAGAUUCUGGCGGGGCGGAUGAUAGUGCAAUGCUUCAUCGGAUGGGAAGACUGGCUCGUGCCCAUGUUUCUGGCCGAGAUAAGCCCUACGAUUGUGCGUGGGGCUACAGUCGUGGUGUACGUGUUUGCCCAUAUGUUUGGCUCAUUUAUCUGCGCCAUCAUCACGUACGAGACGGCCAAGCUGGACAAUAACUCAGCCUGGAAGAUCCCGAUUGGCGUGAUGUGGGCGUUUCCUUGUCUCAUUUUACUUUUCUGUUGGCUUGUGCCGGAAAGUCCUCGGUGGCUUGUCCGAAAGAACAAGACCCAAGAAGCGGCUAAGCAGCUUGCAUAUCUUUACAAGGGUCAAGACUUCGAUGUUGAUGGGGAAGUUGCACUGUUACAAGCAUCUAUCGAAGCAGAUGCACAGACUAAGGGCUCGUGGGUGGAGCUUCUCCAGGGAACCAACCGAAGAAGAACAAUGAUCGCCGUCAUGACUGCGGCAUUUAACCAACUAACGGGACAAAGUUUUGUCAGCCAAUAUGGCACUCUCUUCAUCAAGUCCCUCGAGGUCAUGAACGCGUUCGCCUUUACGCUAAUAUCCCGCGGCAUCUCGACCAUUGGCCCCUUAAUCACUUUUUCCCUAGUCGAUACCACAGGUCGGAGGCCUAUAUAUCUGUUCGGUGGCACCAUGACGACCGCACUCCUUCUUGCCUGCGGCGGACUAGGAACCGGCACGAUAACCGAUGGUAAAAAGCGUGGAGUUUGCGGCGUGCUCAUGAUGUACGGGCUGUUCUACAUCAUGUCAUUCGGAUCUAUAUCUGUCAUCACCGGCGCGGAAACGCCCCAUCUCCGACUCCGCGAUCAGACCUCUGUCGUCGCCUGGAUUGUGCGCAUCGUCUGCGACUUCGUCGUCUCUUACUCCCUCCCCUACCUGCUCGACGCACCCUACGCAGACCUUCAGUCAAAGGUCGGCUUCAUAUACGGCGCUCUCGCCGCCCUGGGGGUGAUCAGUGGCUACUUUUUCCUUCCCGAGCUCACGGGACGUUCCCUCGAGGAGCUGGAAGAAAUGUGGCAGCAACGGAUUCCUGCCAGGAAGUUUUCUGACUGGAAGUCCGAUGUUGACGGGAGUUUCGGGGCCAAAACCGGUCGGUUGGAAGGACAUGGAAUGGAGGACAAAGCAUAUGCGAGUGUCCAGGCGGCCUUCGCGUCGGGUCGCACGAAGCCCAAGGAAUGGCGACGCCAGCAGCUCAAGAAAGCCUGGUGGAUGAUCGAAGACAACCGAGACCGUCUCUGCGCUGCCAUGCAUGCCGAUCUGCGCAAACACGAGUUCGAAUCUGUCGUCUUUGAAAUUAUCAUGGUCCAAAACGAGAUCAUUUCCACCCUCGACAACCUCGACAACUGGACGAAGGAUGAGAAGCCAACGAGAAAGGAUCCCAUCAACUUCUUCGGCGGAACGGUGGUUCGGAAGGAGCCGUUGGGUGUCACCUUGAUUAUCAGCGCCUGGAACUGUCCGAUCAGUCUCGCGCUACAGCCGAUGGUUGCCGCCAUCGCUGCUGGCUGUGCGGUGAUGGUGAAGCCUUCGGAUGUGUCACUGGCUUGCCAGGACGUGCUGUUGGAUAUCAUCCCUAAGUAUAUGGACCGCGAUGCUAUCCGCUGCGUCAGUGCUGGGCCACAGGAGAUGAAGAACAUCCUUGACCACCGCUUCGAUCACAUCUUCUACACUGGAUCCGCGAACGUCGCCAAGAUUGUCUACGCCGCUGCUGCGAAACACCUCACCCCUGUGACUCUCGAGCUAGGCGGCCAGGGACCCGCCAUCGUCACCCCAUCGGCGAACAUUGACCUCGCGGCGAAGCACAUUGCCGGGGCAAAAUAUGCGCUCGCUGGCCAGGUCUGCGUGAAUGCCAAUCACAUCCUAGUCCACCCCAGCGUACGAGACGCCCUCGUCGCCAGUUUGAUCAAAUACUUCGAUGAAUUUUCUGGCGGCAAAAACACCAAAGCCGACCACUACUGCAAAAUCAUCAAUGAACGCAACUUCGACCGCCUCGAGUCUCUCCUGAAACGGUCAUCCGGCAAAAUCGUCUACGAAGGCAUUCGAGAUCGCCAAACCCAGUACUUCGGUCCCACCAUCGUCGUGGAUGUGAAGAGCGACGACGCGCUUCUCUCUGAAGAACUCUUCGGUCCUAUUCUCCCCAUUAUGGAUGCAGAUUUCGACUCCGCCAUCUCCUACACCCGCAGCCUCGAAUACCCUCUCGCGCUGUACGCCUUCACCUUCGAUGAAUCCGAAAAACGACGCAUCGAGACCGAGACCGCUUCGGGCGGUGUCACCUUCAACGACUGCAUUCUGCAUGCGGCUGCUCGCGAUGCUCCGUUUGGGGGUGUCGGACAUUCGGGGAUGGGAAGCUACCAUGGCAAGUAUGGCAUCCUGGCCUUCUCGUAUCUUCGCACGUACACGAAUGCGCUCCCAGCUUGGAUGGAGCGCUUCGUGUCGGCCAGGUAUCCUCCCUAUAAGGUGGAGAAUAUUGCCAAGUUUGCUUCGCGGGCCCCGGCUUCGUUUGAUCGUGAUGGGAAUGAUAUCAAGUCUGGAAGGGCGCUUACCGGCUAUGUGGCUGCCCUUGGGGCUGUCGCUGCGUCCGCGUGGGUGCUAGGGGGCCCGGAGAUCUCGGAGUAUGUGUUGGCGUUGUUUCGUAAAUGAUUGGGCGAAUGGGUAUACUCAUGGCUGCAAUUAUAAGCACGUCAUAUGUUUAAGUCUGUGUUUGCAGGGUGUUCUCAUGUUCUCGUGGUUGCUUUUCUUGGCGGGCUGGCUUGUGAUCGGUAAAUUGGACUAUUUAGCAGGGCUUUUAUAGGGAAAAUUCAGGAAAGGGGGGUAUGAAAUUGUGUGGGAAGGAGAAAUCUCAGUCGCGGCUUCCUUCAAUGUAUGAAAUCUUAUCUGUCGGGUGCUUAAUCGUGUCUCGGCCAGCAAGCCACUGAGUAGUGUCCUUGCUACAUCUACC